GCAGAUUCCGUGAUACUUCUGCGAUGUAAUUUUGUGUAGGACAUUGUCUGAAGAUGGUUUCCUUCUCGUGGAUGGGAACGAAGUUUAAAUUAAAAUUGUAGUAUUCGAGAUUAGUUUGUUGUAUCGAGGAGACCAUGACCAUGGAUUCAAGUGGAACCGCCUCGUGGAACAUGACGGGGGAUACACUGAAGGAUCUCACUACGAACAGCCAGUUUCCCCUGUUGCUGGUGGCAAUACUCCUUGCCAUAUUUUGGUGCACGUACAUCGCAUUUUAUAACUCCCGUGUUAUUGGAUCUAUUCUCACUUACGGUCUGAAGCGGUUUUUUGGCUCAGGGGCCGAAUUAGUAAUAGGUUCGAUAUCUUUGUCGAUCUUGUCCGGAAAACUGAUCUUUCGAAACGUGGUCUAUAUAACGCCUGAUUUCACCGUUCGAGUCCAAGAUGGCGGUUUCAAAUUUCGAUGGUGGAAACCGUAUAAGCCGAAAGCCAUUAAUGAAGAUAUGUCCCGUGAGGAUUGUCGACUAUUCAUUGAGAUAAACGGCUUGGAGCUGCACAUCUACAAUCGCUCCGUAUUGUACGGUCGCCUCGAGUCACUGUUCGGACUUGAGCCGAUGCUCAUCCCGUCGCCAAAAAUUGGCAUGUGGAAAUCCCUUUGGAGACGACUUACGAUAUGGGAGCGACGGAAUCAAAGUCUGUUGCGAGACAAAAUGGAUACACCUCAGUCCGAUCGUGAAUCGGACAAUGUUCAAGAUUCAACGAGUCAUGAACUUUCAGCGUUUUCGUGGACAAGAUGGAGAGAUUUUUUUCCUGUGGUUAAAAUUGACUUGCAUUCGAGUCGAUUUGUGUUCGGAAAUCACUUGCUACCGACUGCUCUGUCUUUCUGUGUUGACGAAGCAAAAUGUGUCUACACCAGCCGACCUGCUCAAUCUCCGUAUGAUCUCUAUAUGCACUCAGUCAAAGCGAACAUUGAAACUUUUAAGAUGAUGUUCUCUCCCAGUCCGAAGUAUGUCGGAGAAAUCGACGAGCCGCCGCGUUACAUGGGAGAAGGAUUUCUAAUUUUUUCGUCUAAUUCAGUGGAAGCCUAUUAUUAUCAGGAUGAGCCCAAUUUUUCGAUGAGCUCUCGGAACGAUUCUAUCGCAAGUCACGAAGAGAUCCCAUUGAAUUCCGAUUCCUCUUCGCCUCCUGUCUGGGGACUUGAUCUGAAGUGUGGAAAAAACACGGAUAUUAGUUAUGGAACGUGGGCUGAAAGACAGCGGGACUUGUGGAUGAAAUUUUUCUUCCCGUGGGAUUACGAGCAAAUGCAGCCGACGAAAGAAGGUUAUAACUACAGCGCGCAUUUCAAGAGACCUCCUCAAAAAUCCAACAGUCGAGACACUGAUUCUGAGGCUGCCGCGACUAGUGUGACGCUACCUGGAAGCAUGAAACGACAGCCGCAUACAUUUGACUUGAAGAUCUCCCUGCUGGAACAGUCGUCUAUUGAUAUUCUUUUUUCAAAACAAAGUGAAACCCAGGCAGUCCACAUGCGCGUGUAUCCUGGGUCAUACCUGGAUAUUACGAUACCCUUGUUGGUUGAUUGUACGGGAUAUACAACUGUCAUCAAUGGACAGUUUUUGAUAUUGGAAACCACCACCGGCCUCGCGUAUCGAUCUCUCCUGAACUGUGAGACAUUAGAGUACACUGUCAAAAUUCACCAUCCCUUGGAGUGGAACGAUCAUCAGGAUUGCACUUUAGAUGUUACUGUUUGCAAAGGAACGGCUCAUUUUACUUAUGUUCAUAAAACCUUCAUUCAAGAGAUGAUCGACGACUGGUCUUCCAAAAGCCGACCGGAUAUUCUUAGUUUUAUACCUUACACUUGGACGGUGUCAAUUGGAUUGAAACAGUUCGAAGUUGUGCUUCCGGUGAAUCAGUAUAAUUGGCUUGAUUGUACGUCAAAACAAGGCGAGAAUGAUGAGCUUUGCGUGUGCGGGGAUGUUUUGGAUGUUUCGAUUGUAUUACCAUUUUCGGACUACUUGCCGGAAACUGUCCCAGUGAAUGUUUCAAUUCAUGGCGAGGUGCUCAUCUUGGGGAUGCGUGUUCCUCCGGCGUAUACAAGUCAUGCCGUAUUGAUGGCGCUUCAGAAGGACGCGAAAAUCUUGCGACGUGACGGUCGCACGGCAGUGGUUCCUGAAGACGAAAGACAUCGUUGGAGGAAUGUUUGCACUGUCGAAGAUGGUUGGAUUGAUUGUGUGUGGGUGCCCAUGGCUGGUUGCAAGAUUGAGUUUGUGUACCACCCGAUGCCGCCUAUUGAGAGUUUGCGUUCCGUUGAAAAUUAUCACUGGGGCUUGGGAUCCCGAGCUUCGCCAGGAUUGAAUUUGCGGAAGAAAAGGAAUCAGAGCGGAAAGAAAGCGCAGACAACGCCAGAGCAAGAGGAAGAAAUUCUUUUACCGAUUCGGGCCCCUUCAACGAAACGUAUUUUAUGGGAAUUUGACAGUAAGGACACCGAGGCUUCGAAAUCAUUUCGACCCGAGAUGCUUCCGCCGGACAGAAUUCAUGUCUUAUUGGAAUUCGGUGCGACUACUUUCUACUUGUACGGAACGGUUUUCCGGUUACUGUGGUUUUUUAAGGACGAUUUUCUUGGGGAAUAUCAAACGUUCCAUGACAUGGAAACUGGAUGGGAGGAAUUUUUGAGUCAUGGAGACGAACCUCCGACGCCUGAAGAUUCUCCAAAUCUAUUUAGAAAGCGAUUGGGCCAUUUUUCCGCCGAGUCGAGAAAGCGAACCGACGCGAAACCUGCGGACAGUAGCAGCGGCAAUUCCGCUGACUUGUCGAGUGAUUUUGAUCCCCGACAUUAUCGACCGCUGAAAGUCACAGUCAGCUUCAUUAUGCACGACAUACAAGGGACGCUAAUGUCGCACUCCUGUCCGAGUGACGACUCAACUUUUUGUCCGGUUUUGAGCAUGGAACAGCUGGUGGUGGAAGUUCACAAGAGCUUCCAUGAAACCAAGUUACAAGUCAAUUGCUCGCCGAUUUCCUUGAAAGUUUGGGACAGUAACCAACGGACGUCCAGUCAUGAGCAUCUCUCAAGUGGCAAUGCACUUCUGACUUCCUUCCAGUUUCGAGGGCACGCUAUGUUCUCUGACGAAGACCGAAAGCUUGGCGAUGAAACAAUUGAGUAUGCGUGGUUGACGGAGGUGCAAUUUGGACAUCUAAUGUGUCGUUUGACGUUGCCUCAGGUGUACCAGAUUGUAACCUCACUGAAUACGUUCGCUCUGUUGAUACUGGAUGCUGGAAAUGGUUUGAAACAGCCGCCUAGGCCAGUUUAUUGUCUGCAUGGAGUCCUGAGAGACGACUGUCCAGAUCGUAUGAUUUGCUCUACACCAGGAGACCCUAGCCCGGACGGAACCUCGGCGAUUGAAGCACAUUGUCUUGAGAAAACAGUGAUCUCAUUAUGUCCUACGUCAGAGGAUAUAAAGUAUUGCAUGGUGCGCGUGAUAUUCGACUCCAUUGACUUGGUUUUCGUCGAGGAAGCAACAGCUUUACAGCUAGAGGUUUAUCCUGUUCGCAUGGCUACCUGUAACGCCCACGGAGAAACUGUCAGAUCCGGGUUGAGUUUACUCGUUGAAAACAUUGCGAUUCAUCAGUACAUGGCCCCGUUGACUCGAAAAAAAGCUGCCAGAAUCGAAAGAAUGACCUGUGAACAAGGGACAAAUCCCGGAGCUGAAUCUCACGCUGACAGUUCUGCUGUCUGGCUUGAGGUCGGAUCGUUGGUGUUCGGACCACUCCAGUUGGAUGCGGCUCUAAGCCCGCACACUUCCUCCUUUUCAGGAAAGGACUUGAGAGCGUUACAGCAAGGCUUCUUGAAGAAAUACGAUGACCGAAGUAAAAGGCUGUGGUUUUUAUGGGUGAACGAUAGCGAACCCUCGACUAGCAAACAAAGUGAUUGCUUGGGUAGAUGUGGCUGUGUUGGUGGUUGCGCAUUUUUUGGAAAGAAUUUGAACGGGAAAACAUUUUUCAAGCCAUCUGCGCAAGAUUUUCAAGACGGGUACAAUGUUGCUCAAUACAGGGUAUUUCGGUCGCCGGAAGAAAAUAUUUAUGGUUUUGGCCAGAGCCUUUUAAAUCCCUCGCGAUUGGUCUUUGAACCAAGCCGUAUCGUCGCAUCUGGGGAUGAUUGUCGUCAUGAAUGCAAUGAUGAUUCGAACGCUGACGGUCCCCACUCGUCGUCGUCCAGCACGUCUACGGUGUUUUCGCAAUAUGGAGAACUCGCUGGCGUCUGCGAAGCUGGAUUAGGGCAUUCAUUAAGCGGUGUAUCAGUCACCGGUUCUCAUGGAGCUGAGGAAUCCUGUUUUAAUCAGGCGAAAUUUUCUCCGACUGACGUUCGGCGCAGUGUUACUCACGGCAGAACAGCGGCCAGCUCAAAAAGUUUCCAUCGACAAGUUUCUGCUGGUUCCGAAGUGAAGGUGAAGGCCGAAACGAUCGGCGAGGAAGGAGAAAUGAAAGACGCAGAAGAUGAAGAUCCUCGCCUGAACGGAAAGAAAAUCUACGGUCAAAUACCUAGCGCAAGCUCUAUUGGUAGUUCCGAUUCUUAUUUCUCUGUGCGAGAAGAGCCAUCUCAAGCGUCUAAAAUUCGACGAGGGUUUGGUUCUGGAAGAAGUUCUUUCAAAGAUUCCUCCUCUGGGACGCCAGUUGAAUACCGAACCGCUAGUGAAAGCAGUUUCAAAGAUCCUGUGAGCAGCGCAUCGGACAGAUAUUUUUCUGAUGAAGAGCCCACGAUUUCUGGCAAAGCACUGUCAGUUGAUGACAUAGCCCUAGCGUCACCUCGUGAAACAGGAAUGCAGUAUCUUGGAACGGAUCGCGCUUCGGAAGUGGCACAAGGCACUGGGAAAUUCUCAGUUCAUUCGUUGGCUGCGUCUCGAACAAAUUCCAGCACGUCUUUCUUAUCUGCCAAUUCAACCCUUUACAACUAUGACGAUGAUUAUGGAAAUAAUGAAUUUCCAGAUCAAAGUUUUGUCAAUUUGGUGGACUUGCACGCGCAAGUGAAGAAGCACGUUUCCGAAUCCCCGCUACUUAUGUCUGGCUACAUGUCUCAUUUGGUUCAAGUAAAAGGAAAAAGAUGGAAGAGCUGUCUUCCAACGCAAAUGGGCGGGUCGGAUCAUGUAUUUCUGAUUUCAUCGUUGCAAGAAGGUCAUUUACCUCCUCGUUCGCAAUAUUUCCCCGAAUUUUUACCAAUGUCGAUGGGCUUCACGGGGAUCAGGAUAGUGCAGUUACCAACCGCGAAGAAAAUCUCAACAUGCGCUGUGGCACCUAGUGCUCGCGACAAUUUUCGCCAAUCGAAUUCCUUUCCAUUCCCACCGGUGACGAAAGAAGAAAGCGUCUCGUCUGGAUCUGUGACCCCGACUCAUUUGCACUCGCAUCAGUUCAGGGACUUCGACAGAAGAUCUGAGUGGGAUUGCGACUUUUUUGCAUGGAGGGACCAGGCGAGUAAGAAAUCACAUGGAAAACAACGUACCGAUGCAAAGAACUCUGAUACGGAUUCUGACGCGCAUACGGAUGUUGAGGGUGCGAAUGACGACGAUUGGUCUCCUACUUGGCGUCCUGGCGUCGAAAGCGAUUCCCAUGCUAUUUUUGAUGAAACUGUGACUGGCAGAACAACUUUGGUUUUCAAGGUCAAGUCGCCGUUGGACUUGUACUUCACCCCUUUGGCUGUCGAGUCGUUACAAAGGUUUACGGACUCAUUGACGGACACCCUUCGAAAUGCUCAUGCGAUGGUUAUCGUGGAUCUAAUGGAGUUGCUGUGCAGUAGUGAAGUGGAAAAAAGACACGUUCUCUUGCAAGAAGAGAAAAUCAACUUGUGGGCAGAGGCACAGUCGUCUGCGGCUUUUCAAGCUGCGAAGAAAAUCAACCGGUCAUCGAAGCAUAACUUGAAAAUGCGCGCAGGUAGCACUGUUUCUGCAGUACUAGCGGUAGGGGGCGGUGUUGGUAGCGCUGUUCUGAGCGGGGGUGACGUUCGCAGCCGACGAAAGGACAUGGGCGGGAACGGCCGCGGCAUGCUCACUGUUAUGGAGGAAACCCGGGGCAGCGAGCUUCAAGCUUUGGUGGUCAUACCAAAAAUCAAUAUAGCAGUAUUGCAAACCUCACUGGUUGAAUACGUGACCACAACCGCCGGUUUGGACCACUUCCAAGAUUUGCUUUGUGUGUCUGUUUUGGCACUGUCAAUGGAUAAGCUACGAUUUGAAUUUUACCAACGACAAGAGGAUAAGCUGACGUUGCAAGCCAUUCCAUCCUCGCAAGGAGCAGCGCCGAGUACUUCGGCUUUACCCGGUGACAAAUUCAGCAAUUUUCCGUGGUUUCGAACUAAGCAAAAGGUUGGCUCAUUGGACAAAAGAGGGUAUUUCGAACCUCUAAUGGUUGAAAACAUCGCAAAAUCUCGAGAAGAAGCUUUGGCCAUUUUCUCACUAAGCCGUAUUCAUACUCAAUUGCGUCGCUUGACCAACGACAGUUCUUUGCUUGAAGAAGCUGCCGUGUCUGCGGUUGAUCCGAGCAAGUCAAAAGUAAUGUUUACAUUCUCAGUGGACCCAUUGUAUCAGCUUCAGGUAUCGCAAUUGCGACGGCAAUUAAUGCGUCGGAAAGCAAGGAUCUUACCUCAUUCACAGUUUGAGAAUGGUCGAGACGUCGACGACAUGAUGGGAUUCAUCAUGUGUGAAGCGGGAUUGGACAAUAUUCAAGCCCGUCUGGUUUUUCAACGACGCGAAAUCUGUGAAAGCGAUGUCAACAAGAAGCAAAAGAUUAAGGAAAAGAAAUUUGAUGGGGUGAAAACCACCGUCGUCGACGAAGUAUGUCCUUCGGGUGGAUACAAUGCAGGAUCGCUUGGACGGGGAGUGGGAACACGUAGUGUAGCCAAGGAUAUAGACAAAGGCUCUGAGACGGAUGGGACGGAAACAUUGAAACCUUGCAUAGAAAUCGACGGCACCGGUUAUUCUCGCGCCGGAGAAAAGGAUCGACGUCGACGUGGUAGAAAACACGUUUCAAGUUCAGCGAAGCCGAACCAGAAGAUGCCGCCCAGCACUGGAGACACCAUUAAACGUCGGAAGCGACAAAAAUCAGGAUCUGGCCCACGAAGAUCUACCACCUGUGCAGUCGAUUUCGAGUCUGUUUGGUUCAAUUUCGCUGCCCCACCUACUUCUGGCGGAAUAUCGAAAAAAGUUGACUUCAGCAAGUUGGAUUGGAAUUUUCUAAGUACUGCAUCACCGGCUAUCAGUGCCUGGCAAGGCCCGAUUGACCGUUUUGUGAUUGUGUGGAGCGACUCUGUUUUGGCGUGGCAGCUCCGUCGAAAUUCGGUUGUGGCAUGUCUGAUGACUGGGGCGAUUGAUCCGGUUUAUCUUCGGAUGCCAGCUAAAAGCAAGCAUGGCUUGUUGUCCUUGAUUUCAAGGAAAAUUCAAGAAGACCCUGGUUGUCAAAUCUGCACAAUUCUGCGAAAAUAUUUCCUUGAGAUGCAAGAAUCCGAAACGAAGAAACUGGCCGAGAGUUUAGAUCCGAAGUUUCUUCCUCGUUUGGACACAUUGAAGAAAGGCAUUGUUGCCUUAACGAAGCAAUUGAAACACGGUCUGUAUGUGCCCAUGGUGUUGGAGAACAAUUUCAGGAACAAAGCGCGAUCGCGCGUGAAUUUCGUCCAGAAAGCAGAGGUAGUUGGUGUCAACAAGCCGUUGAGCAACGAGAUGGAUUCCAUUUCGGGAUUUCCGUCUGGUGUUCCGUUUUCGCCGGGGGAUAAAUCGCUCGAUUCCCUGGGCGGCGCCGAUGAUUUAACUGAUGACAACACUCGCCUGCUUUCUGGUGAUGCAUCAUGGCGGAAGGUUGCGUCAGAAAAGCAGUCAACUCCUCUUGAUUCAACUGCCAAGGAAAUUGAAGGAUCAGCAAUGAUGAGGGAUGAAUCGACUCACUUCAGCCCAAGAUUUUCAAGAGGCACCGUAACAGGGGGACAGUACGGAAGGUUGAGCAUCGGGUCACAGUCGUUGGUGGAUACAUCAUCUAUCAAGAGCUUGGAAGGGGGUUCACAGCAAGUUUCUCGGGACGAGAAUGCCCCGCGUGGUUCAAGUGGAGUCGAGGAUGUUCUGAAGAAUCCUGAUAAGUUUUACUGGAAAUUCGCGCAAGAGCAACAAGUUAAUCAAGUGCCAGCGACUCCUGUAUCCCCAGUACUCGAUCAGAGUGGAGGUUGGAAUACGCUGACGUCUAAUCAAAGCACAAAUUGUCAUAGCGAAGACGAAGACUCCCCCCUUGCUGCUAUGAUGCCCGCUGGAGCCAUUGCUGCGGUUGAUGUUCAUUCUGUGUUCAAGUUUUUCUUGAGCUGUCUUGGAAUAGCGCCUCAGCAAAUUGGAGCGGAUGUGACUGAACGAGCAAUCGCAGGACCGUGCUCGGUGGUUUCUGUAUCCUGCAAAGUUGAGCAGAUCCGUGUGCAUAUUGCCGAACCAGGCUCCUCUUUUUUGUCUGCAGGACUUUCUGGUGACCACAACACUCGCGUAAACUUUUCGAUUGACAUGGCGGAUGAGCUACCAGCGUUCGUUUGUGAAGGCCUGAGCUUGCAAGUUGAUGGGGAGAAAAUACAAAAUAGUCUCGGCCAGGCUGCGAAACAAGGGAAAGGGCCUCGUGGUGUGCUGUAUCUUUCCCGACGCCAAUUGAAGAAUUCCACUUCAAAUGUGGCGAACUUGCAGAUCGACAUCAAGGGCAUCAAUCAGAAGGUGAAUCUUCCGCUUCUAAGACUGGUGCAACAUAUUGCGAACAUGUGUCAGAAUGCGGCAUUACUCCAGAAGGAUUUGAAGGAAGCGCGGGAAAAGUCUGUACCUCACAGACUGGGACACCAGAAAAAUUCUUCCUCAGAAUCUGGUUUCUUACAUCUGCAUUUAGACUUGGAAGCGGAAGCAGGUGGUAAAGAAUCGCAAGCCAAAGAGACCUCUGGAGUUCCAUUCGGCGACACAAUCGAUUCGACCAUUGUUUCUGCUUGGCGGGAAGAAGUUGAGCACGUGGAUUCCGCAUCAUUUGGGGCUGCGAGCGCGACGUCUUUACCUGGAAAACUCAAAGUUGGCAUUUCUAAGCCAUGUAGUGGAAAAGACAAAGGUUAUGAGAAGCUCGGCGAUGUCGUGGAAUGCUGCGACAGCCCGAAAACUGUGCGCAUUAAUGCUCAAAAGGGGGAGUGGGUUGAACCAAUACCGAACAUUCCGGAGUGUUGGAAAUCGCUGUAUCAUCUCAUAAAUUUGUACGCCAUCACGCCUGAAACGAAGACGGUGUCCGCAACAAAAGCUGUUCUUGAAGCACCUGUGAGAUCAAGCUUCAUCCAAGACACAGCACAAGGAGACGUAGAAGUUGGUAACGCUGAUGCGUCCUCCAUUGAUGUUCCACAAGUUAACACGAAGGCGUCGAAAAAACAUGGCCACCGUCGGACAGGAUCGCGAUCCAGGUUUUUACGGAGCGUGCAUGUUACGGGGGAUAAAGAACCCGAAGUCACGAAAGUUCCGCCGAGCACUGAUGUGAGGGACGGGGGUUUGAAGGACCACAUGGGAACGACGCAUUCUACUGUCAUUACCUCUGCUCCAGCCGAGAAGGUGCGAAUGCUGAUAUCUGGUGUAAUAAACAUAAAUCGGAUCGGCCUCACAGCUACAUUGAGUGGAUUGAAGCUGGAAGGUGAAAUUAGAGGCCUCAGCGGUUACUUUGCUCAUCGACGCGCUGCAGACCAAUCCCCUGCUGCUGGAAAGCGCACUGCCGAAACGGCUGGGUUCUUUUCUGACCAGCUUGCUUCAAAAUGGACACCUUCUGCCCUGGGUCCAUCUUAUGUCCACCACUUUUCGACCAUGACCAUUGCAAAUGCAUCGGUGAAGAAAACCUCAAUCGUCUUACUCGAAGGAGUGCCACCUAAAAUGAUGCAAGUCACUUCUCAAUCGACAAUCGUGAGGUUGGACGUUGGUCGAGUGGAUUCUAUGUAUUCCAACAAGAAUGAGUCCAGGGGUUGGAAGCAUUCUAGGAAAAGUCGUUUGACCAGUGGUCCCACUGUUGCCCUACAAACUCCGAUUGAAAAAAAUGUUUCCGAGUUGGUCGUAGCUUCUAUCGAAAUUGACAUACCUCAACAUCCUGUCGUGCUUCAUUCUAUGAUGGCGCGGAGCUCAAAGCACCUCACUCAGCUGACGAAUACCCUACAAGAAUUACGAGUGAAACGAACGACCUCAAGACUCUCUCGUGGAACAACUCAGGACGACUUCGAGCAGAGUUCUAGUGGGACGGCCCAUUUCUUCCAGCUCCCAGAUGCUGGUGGUGGUUCCAGCGGUGGUGGGGCGCCAUCUGGACAAGACGCCCUCGAUCAUGUGCUAGCGAGUCAUUCCGGUGUACAUGAAAUACUUGAUGCCACUCGACGCGAAACCAGUCGUGCUCCAGGAUUCCUACAGCCGUCGUUUGUUGUCAAUUUUUCCAUCUCUCUCGGGACUUUGAGGAUUCAAGCGAGUUUACUGCCGUCGCUUCAAGCUCAGUAUGUUAUGGACCAAGUGAAAAGUUCUGGAGUCAGUGGACCGAAGGCAAAAUUUUCUGUUGAACUGUCGAAGCAUUGUCUGUCGUUCAGCACGAAGCUGCAGGAUCCUGAAAGUACUAUUCCUCCAUCUGCGAGUAUUGCCCUCCCAAGAGUUGAAGUUUUAGCAAGGUAUAUUCAAGACGACGAUCAGAUCAACCCCUUGGAACGUUCCUUCGGAGAUGGGAUGCUUCUGUGUAAAGGGAACUACUUGAAUGCCGAAGUUCGAAUAGGAGCUUUAGUUCACAACCUCACAACCGAUGUUCUGAAUCAUCUCGUUUUCGUGCAAAAAGUUUUUAUGAAAGAAGUAAACGAAGUUUUGCAAAAAAUGACGUCUGGUAAUGCCUACAACGCCAAUAAUGGGGAGAAAAAGCGAAAUGUUCGAUUGAAGCAUAGUAAAGACCCUUUGAGCAAAGGAACUCAACCUUCCUCUGGAGUGAACGCAUUUUCGGACGACACGUCUUUGCUUUACCUAUUCGCGGUGAAGUUUGAUGGGAUACAAGUGACCGCAACAACUCCCACGAGCAGUGCUGUUCGUUUUCAAACUGGGAAAAUAGAAGUACAAAUCUCGAACCGCGUGGAGAACACCGGUUCUGUUCGUCUAUUUUAUCAUGCCCAGGUGCAUGUAAAUGUCGCCUUAGGACAGUUGAUUGGCCUUCCAGCGUCAAAUAUCUCCGAAGCAGAUUUUCAACAAUUCGCUUUUUUCAAAACUCAGAUCGUGCUGCGAAAUGCGUUUCAAGAAGAAUUGGGGCCCGAAUCUUGGCAAGACGUGGUUGGGAAAGAUGUGAUUUUGAUCAGCAUGGACAAACCGCGCAUUUUCAUUUUGCCUGUUGCUGUCGAUCGCGCCAUCAUGGUUUGGUUGAAUUAUCGCAAUGCAUAUGAAUACUGGACUGAGCAACGUGCAACGCUAAAGCGCGAAGUGCUUCUGGCAACGCAGCAGUUCAUGGAACGAGUUCCGAAUCUUGCUAGUCUGGCUGGUCAACAGGCGAGUUACCUGUUCUUGAAGCUCACUGUGAGGGAUAUUGGCAUUUGCCUUCCACUCAGCUCUGCUGGGCAGCGAAGUGGAACGACGCAGCCCGGUAGCAGUGCAUUGCCGGGGACAAGCACCCAGAUCGGAGCUGGUGGUCGAUCAUUGGACCUCAGUAGUGGUGCAGCUGUUAUGAUUUCUUUGGAAUCAACAAGCAUUUCUGCAUGCAGUUAUGGUGCCAUGGUCAGUAACGGCGCUUUCGAAAGUUUAUGUAUGCGUUUCGAGGAUGAGUUCGACAUUAGCGAGCCGGAAUGGAAACCCAACUGGAAUGACCCUGGCCUCAUGAACGUUUGCGUCGUAAACUCGGGUACCUACCAAGUUUGCUCACGAACCACAAGUGCUGAAAGUUGGGGGAAUCCCAAAUGGGUCUUGAACGUUUCUUGGCAAAUGGAUGGAGUGGAUAUUCAUUUGGACACAGACGUAGGCAAGCAGUUAUCCGCACUAGCAUAUACUUUGACGAGCUUGACCGAAGUUGCUGAUGAGGAUGGAUCCAUGGGUUUGCCAAUGGAAGAUCUAAAUGGUGACGCAUUGGGACCAGCCAACAUGCCACAGUCCACAUCUGACGACCCUAAACUAGACGAGAGGGAGCGCUCAAGGCUUAGUGAGUCGCAAAUGGCUGCGAUGGUGAAGAAAGUGAACGAUUUGCGGGAGGCUGGUGUUCGAAGAGCCGUGAUUGAUGCUGAGUUGCAGAAAAUCCGGGAGUUGGAGAAAUUUAUGUCUUCAGAGGUCAGGAAAGGAUGGAUGAAGAAGUUGCGCCGUCAGAGUGUUAGAGCCCCGUCAAUUCGAGACAAUCGACCAUUACCGCCGGCGAGUCCCGUAAAAUCUUCGAAAUCGUUCACCUCUCCGGGUUCUUCCCCGUAUGCCGACUGGGACAGGCAUUUCACUCUUCCUGCAUCCGAUUCAGAGUACGAUGACAGUGAUUACGAGUUCGAGCGAUCACCUAGUGAAGAUGUGUUCGAUGGAAAUUCAUCUGUGAAGAAAAGACACGGUAUGGAUGAAAAAUUUGAAGAGCGCACACGAAUCAAGAGCGAAAGGUCAAAUAGAGAUAAGAGCCGAAAAUCUCGGCCCCGUCUAUUGUACCCUCCGAGCGACGAACCGACAAAUUCAUCAAAAGAAAAAAAGUACUUCGGAUAUUCCAUCAACCGACAAAGUGGGCUACCUGCGAGUGCCAGUGGUGGUGGUGUAAUGUCUGAGCCGUUGCUCGACUUCGAACUUGACGUCACUGUUCUGAUCAGCAGUGGAAGCUGUGUGUUGCAUUCCAAGGAACAUGUUUUUGCCUCUGACGAUGCAAAGCACAGGCAUGGAAAAUUUAUUGCAUCUCGAAGAGAUACGGCUGGAGCGGAUGCAAAGCUUGGAAUAGCCUCUCCGUCCGGACGAAGAAAGCCCCGAGAUAACAGUAGUUCCGGCUUAGGCUCCCGACUGCGACCUGGAAACAUCGGAGGAUUAAGUUUGUCGACGCUGACUCCGGUAAAUGUUGGAAAUGCAAGUGCUGCAGCGUCCGGAACUGCAGCCCGGAACACGACAACGAUUUUGGUUCCAGGCCUCGAUGUGAAGGUACAUUAUGAGUCCAAAACGGAGUGGGAGGAAGGUACCCGCAAAGAAGAAGAUGGCGCUGGAAUUGGCCCGGCGAAUAAGUCCGCAUUUAUGAUGAAAGGCCCAAAAGCGCGCCAAGACUCGAAACAAACUUCGUCUCUGUCCUCGACUAGUACAUCCAAUGAUCGUCUGAAAGUUUCACACUCUUUAGACUCACAUGGUUCAAGCCAUUCAUUAAGUCGAGCGAAAAAUCGAUCUGCGAUAGUUCCGGGUGCUCAGUAUUCUCAAUCUAGCGGAGGUAAGAAGGGGAGAAUUUUCGCCGCUUUGAAUAUCCAUAGUGUCCCUGAGGAAAUCGUCCUUUCUCCGCACAUUCUUGACUUCUUGGAGCAGGCCCUGGAGCCAAUUCCAAUGCCAGCGACGAAUAUAGAAGAACCGUAUGCGGUCGGCCUUCUGCCUUCACCCAACCAUCAGGUCCCGAAUGUGAAAAUCAUUGCUGACGAUGAUGAAAUGCCCAACGAAGAUGAUGCGGAUGCCCCCGGAAACAGUGGAAUCUACUUCGUGGGCUCAAGCUUCCCAGUGGACACCACGGUUUCGUUCCAUAUGAAGCCUUCGGUCUUCAGAUUUAUCUGUGAACCAGUUUCCAAAGUAGAAUGCCUUUUAAAACUACCGUCACUGGAUUUGAUCGUUUCGAAAAAACCCGAAGACGACCUGCUUCACAAGGAAUUCGGCGAUUUCAUACCGGCGUCAAAUGCGAACAUCGGUGGAUACAGUGUCACUGGUUGCUUAGCGGAUUUUUCGCUUUACAUCUUUCAUCCAUACGGGAAAAAAAUCCAAGCCGAUUCUUCUAUGAAUUCUUCUCAAACUCCGUCGGUUGCUGCAUCCUCGCAGGAUCGGAAAGAUUCCUUGAGCCUACAGGUUGAAUUCGUGAAAUUCAAUUUGUCUCGAAGUCGAAAACUCAAUAAGCCGGGCGGUCUGGAGCACAUUCCUUCACGAGGGUCGUUCUCUCUUUCGCACUCCCCCGGAACUGAUGGAAAUCCGAAUUUUCGAUCACUUCCGGGCCAGCAGUUAUCGAGGGAACCACAGGCAGUUGUGCGUUGCUCGACUAUUGUGGAUAUCGGAAGUGCCACUUUCAAAUACGACAUGAAGAGGCUUGCAGAAAUUCUUGGCUUCCCGAAGGCGUGGUACAGGCGUAGCAUCGUCAGAAGGCUGUUUUUGGGUGACGUCAUGGUUAGACAAGGAUCAGGGUCCGGAAUUUCGUCCACAUCAUCUGUCGGAAAUGCGGAAGCGAGAUCUCCAAAAGAUUUCGACGUCUCCGAAGAUAGCCGAAAAAUUGGUUCGAAAGGCAGAGACGAAGGACUCGCUUUUGUUUUCCCCUCGGGUAGAAGAGGAACGGCAAAAGGAGUUUCACUGUUUCUACCGCUGAGUCCGGAAAAGGCUACCGCAGAUCAUACACGUCGUAGAGAAUCAGGCGAUGGAUCCGUCCAUAGGUCCGCGAACAGUUCGUCCACUGCCCCAACUUGGGAGACACUCGUUCUGUUUGCUGUCAACUUUCAGAAGCUCAGUGUUCAAAUGAACAUGAGCAACGUUAUGGGGAAUGUAUUAUGGCUGACGCAAGGUUUCCUAGCUGACGGAAGAUUGAGUAUUGGUAGUUCGGGACACAAAGAAAUUCACAUCGGCGUUGGUCUGGAAAAUUCGAAUUUGGACGCCAAAGGAGGCAUUGUGGGAGGAAACGUCGACCUGAGUUGCAUCAACACUUUCCUCAGAAUAAAAGCUGAUCCUGGAAUGUGCCCGAACCAUAUCAUUGGUGUGAAUCUCCUUGCCGUUGAAGCUACCGUAGAAAACGUUGGCUCAUCUGUGCUGAUGGGCCGAGUUUCUUCGUUGCAAGUCACGCUGCGUGACCAAUGGGCUGUCACACCCUCUCCGUAUUCAACAUUGACUACGAGUCAAGUUACGCCUCCUCCACUCAACCCGUCAAUGAAUGAAAGGCCGUCUUCGAUACAUCUGUGCGGAAUGCUGGAAUGGGACCAGUUUCAAUUGAUGAUCACGCAAUCUACGACUGCGGAGCUCCUCAAGAUGUAUUACAAGCUCCGAGAGUUUAUCUCGCAGCAGCUGCACUCCGGGCGAAUCGUCAUUUCUUCUUUGCAGCACGACUCCAAUAGACGCGAGCACAUGGCCAGCUCGUCCCCGCAUCCGUCAUCCUUCGGACGGAAAUUCUCGUCCACUCCUGGGAAGCAAAUGCCGAUGAAACGCGAAAGCGUUGCGAGAGCCCCUGGUGAUGUUUCAGAUAAUCGGGAGGAAGAUCCAUUGAACCAGCAUCGGCAUUGGCAGAAAGCGUUGACGUAUGUUCGUCGGGCAUUCGGAAUCCCAUCGUUGGAUGGAGGAGCUAACGUUGCUCAGCCCAUGGUGCUGGGCGGAUCGCUUCAAAUGCACGGAUCGACCAUUUCUUUAGCUUGCUUUCAUGGUUUGAAUUUCCGCUCGCAGUCUUGGGCUUUGUUUUCGCUGAAGCAGCCCUUCAUUGCGUUCAAUACCGAAGCGCAGGAUUUGAUUGAAAACCCAAGCACACAUGCGGGUGCGAUCGUGGAACACGGAACCGAACAAUGUGGGACGCACGUUGUUCAGCAGUUGACGUUCUCUUUGGGCGAACGUCGUGUCGUUUGGAAGUCUGGCAGUCAGACUGGAGAAAGUAUGGCGACAGUUUGCAGAAUUUCUAGAUCCAUGACUUUCCCGCCGAAAUGUCGAACGAUUCACGACUGGUUCCAUUAUGCAUUCGCUACCGGUCUCUUGGACAAUGUGGACCGGUUCCCCAAUCCGAGUGAGACUUCGGUACCUCCUGACUCUCACGAGGGAAAAAAGCGAAAAAGUGACACGUGUCGUUUGAGACAAGGAGUGAAUGUGAUGGAAAGUGCUGCGAAGCAGGAAGGCGCGUCUGUAAAGCCAUCCACGUCUACCGAUUACCAUCAGUCGUCUGAAAUUAUCUUUGCACUGCCCGGAAUGCAACUUGAUAUGACUACUGAGCACGUCCAGCGAUUACCAACACCGCAAGAUGGAGAAACAAAGCCGUUGGUCAAUUGCAAGUUCAUCACUGCUUUCGACGACCACAUAUUUGUUCCUGUGGAUGCGCAAGGAUUUUUCUUUCUGCAUGACCUGAUCCGGUCUUACGUGCAGGAAAGCGAUCAGACAACGACGGGAGCGGGGGACGAUAAAGCGCAGUCGACCGGAAGUGCACAGCGCUCAAGCGGUGCAAAUGUGGGAAGCGAGCAGCGCAGAGUGAAUCGCCAGCAAAGCAUUGAUCCUAUGGAAAUCUUACAAAAGGAUGCACGUGAAUUCAUUUGCAAGCACUGGCAAAUGGAGCCCACCGUUCGGUUCAUAUCGUGGGGUGGGAAGCAGAUCGAACCCUACGGCGUGGAUUACAUCUUGCAGAAGCUCGGAUUCCGGCACGCUCGCAUCACGAUCCCCAAGUGGCUGCAGCGGGGUUGCUUGGACCCACUCGACAAGCUUCUGUCUGUGUUCAUCCUCAACCUUUUGACGAUUCACGUUAAACCUGAGCCGUCAUUGCUGCCCUUGCUUUCUGCUGUUUUGGAACAGAAGGACGAAGGCGAUGAUUGAGAUGAACACCGGCUUAUCCAUCGAAUCGAUGGUCGGAAUUUUGGAAGCUAUCGGAAAUGGAAAACUGUGUGAGACGAAGCGCUCGUGUCAAAGAAAGGUUGAUAUGGACGAGAUAAUCUGUGAAAUUUUCUCAGUGUCGUCGAUUAUUGUGGCAUAGAAACAGCCAGUGGUUCGUAUUUUUGAAGUGAAACGUACGAUGCUCCUAAAUUCUUUUCCUUUUUAUUACGUAAUUUCCUCUCGCGACGAAAAAAGAAAAUUGCUCCUUGGCGCAAUAAUGCGAGAAAUUUAGAAUUGGUGUCCCCGAGAGCCACUUUUGCUCAUAAGAGUAUAUUGUUCGCCGAGUUUGACGUCACCUACAUUCUUGCCAGUAAUUUUAACGGUGUUUUCUAUGACGAUGAUGAUUUUUUUUUUGCGUGGUGAUGUUCUGGGAUAUGCUUUGGAUUUAUUUAUUUAUUUAUUUAGAUCAAGUUUAGUGCAGAGAUGGAGCCAAGUUUGAUUAGCGGAGAAAAGUUUUCUUCGCGGGAUUGAGUGGGAGAUAAUUUUUUCGAGUGAGAUGAGGAACGAGAGGUUGAGAGCGCUGUACCAGUCGUGAUGAAACUAGUCGUCGGGGUGAUUUCAACCAUUGUCAAAUUUCAAUGCGGAGGACUACUUCAAUUGGUGAGAGGAAAGCGACUAGGGUUUCUUCUUUCACUUUGUUUUUUGUCUUUGGGAAGAAGAACGGAAAGCAUUGUUGAUUUGAUCUUGUGUUUGGACGCUUUCUGGGUCGUCUUUGAGCAGUUUUACUUAUUGUCGAAAAUUUUGCCGUCAGUCGAAUAUAUUGAGAAUUUAAAUAA